AUGGCGUCUCGGACAGCGACGCCCCAGCCAUGGCAGCAGCAAGCGGGUCAGCAGCAGGGCCAGGGGUUGCAGCUGCCUCAACAGGGCGGGGUCGGGACAAGGGGCCGAGGAGCAGGCGGCGCGCCAGGCGGGCGAGGCGCAUCAGCAGACCCCGAGGGAGGUGCUGGCAAUGCGGCCGAGUCGGCUCGAGCGACCGACGUCAAUUCGCUGAUGGACGCGGUCGGCGCGAGUGGUGUUGACCUUGGCGCCGAGGAGGAAUCCCUACGAGCGACGAACGAGCGACAGCACGCACAGGCGAUGGCGGCUCAGCAGAGCCAGGGAGGCUACUCGGCGGCCGACCGGUCACGCAUGCAGGACCUGGUGGAUCAGGGUGCUUUGACAGAAGCGGUCAAGCGAGUCGCCGCCGCCUGGCAACUCAAGACCCUCGAACCAGCUACUCUUACCCUUCUUGCCCUCGCCACAUCCCAGCGCGUCACCUCGCUCAUCGACUCCGCCAUCUCAGCGCGCGACCACCGCCAAUCCUCCUCCCACUUCCGCGUCCCUCCCUUCGUCUCCGCCUCUUCCACGACCCGCAAAAAGCGACGACGAGACCCUCUUGAUCCCGAUCUCGACAUGGACGACGACGACGCCGACUUCGACGAGGACGAGGAGAUGGCGGAUGCGGACGCAGCGGGACGGCCGAAAGUCCCGGCUUGGGAUACGCUCGUCUAUGAUGACCCUGAGCGGUAUUUGACGGUUCUUGAGCGGGUGGAUCGGGAGGAGGAGCGUAAGAAGCGGCGAGAACGGAUGCUGCGAGAUCAGAAGGAGGAAGAGGAGCGACAACUUGCCGAAGCGAUGGCUGCGGCUGAAGCGGCGCAGCGGGCGCUCGAGGCAGAGGGAGGCGGGAAGAAGGAGGACGAGCCGGAGACGAAAGGUUCGGGGAAGGCGGAUGCGAAGGGAAAGGGCAAAGCGAAAGACGGCGCGCCCAGUACGCCUUCGGGCAAGGGUGGUGCCGAGACGCCGCUUGGCAAGGACGGCAAGCCCAAGAAGACGCGGGCGAAGAAGGUCAAGGGUGGCGAGGGAGGAAGCGGGACGAGCACGCCCGCGCCGGCGACGGGCGGCAGCACGAAGAACCUCGCCGAAGACAUCAAAAAGCGGUUGACGGACCAGACGGCUUUGCGCUCGCUCGGAGGACAGAAGUUCAGCUGGCUCAAUUCGAGUAUCGGGUCGCCUUCGCCUGCGGGCGGCGGUCUUGGCGGCGCCGGCAACCUCCCCAAACCGAAGUUUGCGCCCGCGUCUGCCCUUCCUCCGCCAAGUUUCGCUCCCAACGGCGCCAGCACCUCGACGUCGAUGCUUAACCCGGCCAACUCGGCCGCAGCCGCAGGCGCAAAGGCAGCCGCCGGCGGAGCAGGCGACGAAACACCCGCCGCCUCUGCCGCCGCCGCAGCCUUGACGACGUCGCGACUCAACAUCCCGCCUAUGCACGACGCUCAGCGAACACAGCUCGACAAGCAGAAGUGGGAGGCGGGCCAUCAUGUCGUCGAGUUGCAGGACUUGCUGUUUGCGCUCGACCGCGAGCGAGGGAUGGGUGUCGGCAGCGGGAGCGGGAGGUCUGCGGCGAUCCGUGGGAGGUCGGGUAUCACACGAGGAGGCUACAAGGCGGUCGCACGACGUUAA